AAUCAAAUAAAAGCGACGCCAUUUGUAGUUUUGCGCGUGGUUUGCGUGUGUAGAGAAAUCAAUUUGAUGAAGUGUAUAUCGUUCCAAGUGUUAACAUAAUUUAUAUUAAAAAUGAGUUCGUCAAUAGAAGAGCUAUCGAAACUAAAAGUAGUGGAUUUGCGAAAUGAACUGGCUAACAGAGGUCUUGACCAAAAAGGAGUCAAAGCGGUUUUGGUCAAACGUUUGAAAGAUGCAAUGGAUAUUGAAGCGGGAUCAGAUACACCCAAAGAAAAUGCAACUGUUGAGGAUUCAAAACCAGCCGAGCCAGUCAGGAAAUCGCGAAGAUUGUCUACUGAUGAUAGAGCAAAUACACCUGAACCUGUUAGGAAAUCUAGGAGAUUGUCCUCUGAUGAAAAGGCAAAUACUACAAUUGACGACAAAUCUGGUGAACCAGUUAGAAAAUCAUUAAGAAGAGUAUCUGGAGAUGAAAGGGAUGAAACAAGAUCAAGAAGAAGUACUGUGGUUUCAGAAAAGACAAAAUUAUCUGUCAUAACUGAAAAAGUUGAAACACCAUCAAAACGAAAUCCUGCUGAAGCACCAAAGCCUGCAACAACUUCACCAAAAAAACCAGCAGAUGAGAAGUCCGAAACAUCUGCUACACCAGAAAAAAAGCCAGAAACAAGUAACACAGAUAUAAAACCACCAGUUUCUGUACCUGCUAAACCUGCAGUCAGCAGCACAGAAGAUAAAGUACCUGCAAACAAAGCAUCUGUAUCACCCUCAACUCAGGCUAAAACUCCAGAAAAAUCAACACCUGUAAACAAAGCAUCUGUAUCACCCUCAACUCAGGCUAAAACUCCAGAAAAAUCAACACCUGUAAACAAAGCAUCUGUAUCACCUACAACUCAGGCUAAAACACCAGAAAAACCAGCACCUGUUACCAAGACUCCAGAAAAACUUACAGCAUCUCAAGGAGUGGUAAAAGUGGAAAAACCUACAACACCCGUUAAGUCACCAGAAAAGCCUGUGGCUAAAACUCCAGAUAAACCUGUUGCAGUUAAAGUGGAAAAACCUGCAACACCAGUUAAAUCUCCACAGAAACCUGUUAUUGUUAAACCAGAAAAACAUGCUGAGAUUAAAGUAGAAAAACCCACUACACCAGUUAAGUCACCAGAAAAACCUGUUCCUGCAACUGCAAAAUCAGCAGAAAAACCUGUACAGAAAAAUGCACUAGAAAAACCUGCGACUGUAACGCAAGCAUCAGAAAAAAUUCAAGGAACAGAAAAAUCUAUUUCAACAGCAAACAAACCGUCUGCAAUUGCUUCUAAGGUGAAUGAUAAAUUAGUUGCUGAAAAAAAUGUCAAUAAAACACAAGAAAAACCUAAUGUGGCUACAAAAACCAUAGAAAAAAGUCAGCCUACACCUAAACCACCAAUAGAGAGUAAAACUGAAAAAUCUGCUUCUGUUCCAAGCAAGUUGCCAGAAAAGGAAGUAGCUGCAGAAACAUCUGAGAAACCUGAAAAAACACCAGAAAAAGUUGUUAAAACGCAAGAAAAACUUGAUGAUGCGCUGAAGUCUAUAGAGAAGGAAAAGUCAUCCAAAGGUGAAGAACAACCUAAUGAUAAACUAGAUGAAGAGAAUGGAGAACAGGCAGAUAAAGAAACUCCCAUGGAAGUACAGGACGGAUCAAAAUCUCCUACAAAAUCAGAUGUCAGAAAAUCUAAAACACAUGAAAAUGACAAAAGAAGCCACAAAAGAAGACGAAGUAGUAACUCACCAGAAAGCAAAAAAGAUGAAAAACGAAGACGUGGUGGGUCUCCAUCUCGAGAUGGUAGGAGAGCAAGGUCGCCACCCAAAGAAGAUGAGCCUGCAUUUGAUGCAGAUACAGUUCAGCUUAGUUGGUUUGAUUCCGAUCUUAAUCUUGAGGUAGACAAAGGGACAUUUUUGUCAGCAAAACCUUUAACGGAUGGUGUUUUCAGUUAUGUGUGGGCAGGUGCCAGAGCCACACAUGGUGUGUCCAAUGGAAAGGUUUGCUAUGAAGUAAAAAUUACAGAGAAACUUAAGUUUGACAACUCUGAAUUAGAGAGAUCUCAUAGGGACCACAGAAGGGAAAGGGCAAACAAAUCUGAUAAUGAGGAAAAACAUGAAAGAGAUCGAUCGCGUGAAAAAAAGGAGAAUAACACAGAAAAAGAUAAUAUUAGUGAAAAUAAAGAGGCUAGCUUAGACAAUAAGGAAGAGCCCAUGGAAGUUACUGAGAGUGAAAAUGUAGAAAGCAAAGAAUCUGCAGCUGAAAAACCAUCGGAAAGUACCGAUAAACCUCAAGAACCCAAAGGAGAAGAAAAUUUGGAUGAGAAGUCAAACAAAGAAACUGAUGAAAAGCCAAUGGAAGAAGAUGACAAAGAUGAUAAAAGUAAUGAAAAAUCAGAUGCUACCGUUAUUCCAACACACUGUGUUAGGAUAGGAUGGUCACUAUCAAGUUCUUCAUUACAAUUAGGUGAAGAUAAACAUUCAUUUGGCUAUGAUUCAUCUGGAAAAUUCGUUACAGAUAAGAAAUUUUCCGAUUAUGGAGUAACUUUUGAUACUGAUGCUGUAAUUGGGGCUUACCUGGAUAUUACAGAAUCUUCCAUAAUUCUUCGAUUUUCUGUUAACGGAGAACUACUACCUCCUACUGAAAUAUCCAAGUCAGAAAUGCCUGAAAAUUUUGUAUUCUACCCACACAUUGUUUCUAGAAAUUAUGCAUUUGAAGUUAACUUUGGGGAGAAGGCAGAACCUUGGUUUACAAUUCCGUCAGAACUUACAGAUUAUAAGUUCAUUAGCAAAGCUGAAAAUAAAGUUUCUGGACCCACAAGACCAGAAGCUAAAUCAGAAUGUGAGGUACUUUUAAUGUUUGGUUUGCCUGCUUCUGGUAAAACUCAUUGGGUCAAUGAACACAUAGCAGAGAAUAAGGAGAAGAAAUAUACAGUAAUAGGAAACACCACCAUGCUAGAAAGAAUGACAGUAUUUGGAGAGCCGUUUAAAUCCAAAUACAAAGGCAAAUGGCGUAUCCUAAUAGACAGAAUGCAGCGGUGUAUAAAUCGAUUAUUAACUACAGCACCUACACGAAGAAGAAACUACAUUAUCGAUCAGAGUAACGUGUUUGCAUCAGCCCAAAGCCGUAAAAUGCGGCCGUUUGAGGGCUUCAAGAGAAAAGCAGUCAUAAUUAUAGUUGGAGAUGAAGAACAGACUAAGCGACAAGCGUUGCAAGAGGAACAGGAGGGUAAAGAGAUCCUUGACAGUACAAUACUUGGAAUGAAAGCCAAUAUGACAUUACCUGAACCUGGAGAUUAUAUAGAGGAAAUUUGUUAUGUGUCUAUGGAAGAAAAAGAAGCUAAAGAAAUUGUUAAAAAGUACCACGAAGAGGGAAAAGCAGCAUUAAAAGAUGAUAAGAGGGACAGAGACCGAUCUAAUUACAGAAAUCAAGGCAGGAAUUUCCAAAGGUCAAGUGGUUAUAACCAGUCCCAUUCCUAUGAUAGAAGAAAUUGGCAAUCCUCCAGAAGAGAUGAUUGGAAAUAUGAUCAAAGAUCACGAGAUUACAGAGGUGGUAGUUACGAUCAAAGAUCAAGAGAUCACUACAGCCAAGGAGGUUAUGACAGGUAUCGUAGUAGUGGUAGAUCAGACAAUUGGGGAGGCAAUAGUUAUUCAGGCCGAAGUCACUCUGGUGGUUGGAAUCAGCAAACUUUUGGCAGUAGAAGUCAUGGUCAACCCUGGGGAAAUCAAGGCUAUAGUUCAAAUUCAGGAAGCAGCCACCAGAGACACGGAUAUGGAGGAAAUUGGAAUUAUGGACAUAGUAACUGGAACCAGGGAUAUCAACAACCGCACCCAUACCAACAAAUGCAACGGCCACCAUAUUUUCCAAUGCAACAACAGCAUUAUCAACAACAGCAUUAUCAGCAGCAGCAGCAACAACUGCAACAGCAGCCACAACAGCAACAACAACAAGAACAAAGCGGUUCUGUUGCAAACCCGUUUGCUCCCAGUCGCCAACCAAUUUCCGAAAACAGCAAUACUCAAGAAAUAUGGGCGAAAUUUGCUAGAGAAUAUGCUCAACACCAACAAAUGGCACAAGCUGCGAGUUUUCAGAAUCAAAGAUACUAAAUUAAAUGUACCGUUAGUGUAUUUUCUAAAAUAAACUAGAAGUAUGCUUUUAAUAGUUUAAUCAAAGCUCUCGUUGGGAAUUUCUGCUCUUUCUUAUAUCAUUUAUGUUCUGUCAUAAUUUUCUUCGGCAUGUUUUUAUAUUAAUUAAAUUAUGUAAUGCGAAUUCUGUAACAAAUCAUAAUUUUGUUAUAUUAUAACAUUAAUUUUUAAUUAUUUUUUGAUUGUUAAUAUUUUGAUUAUUAAAACUUGUUUACACUUACUCAUGUUUAGCAAAUUAAUGAAGCUUUACUAUAUGUAUGGAAUAUGGUUUAUAUUUGACUUAUAUUGUUUUACAAUACAUAUAUAAUCUGCUUAAUUUGACGAAUAUAACAAAGAUAAUAUUUGCUAAUUUUAUUUAAUAUAAUUAUAUAGACUAAAAUAUGUGUAAGAUAUAAGGGAAUAACACAAUUUGAUAAUAUAUUUUACGGUUAGCAUUCUUAGUAAUAUGCACUAUUCAAAUAUUAUUUAUCGCGCGGUGUUUUCAUAUAAUUGUGGCGUCUUAUCUGUGACAGUGUUUAUCAAUCAUGGCAACGUAAUGGAAAAAUAGUCAUACAAGAUAUUUUUGUAUAUAAUAUCAUAAGAGAGAACAUUUUGCCGGUAAUAUUUUUGACUGGUAUGAAAGUUUGUUGCCUGGCAAUUUUGGCGAAUUAAAUUUUGACAGUUAAAUACCGAGAGGUCAGUUGAGUAAUUUUGUCAAAGUUUCAUAAGCGAAAAUUGCCAAAAGGCAACAAACUUGAAUAAAACCAGAAGAAAAUUUUGCCGGUAAUAAUUUUUUUUCAAAUGAUAUUCGACAAGCUUAUUUCACGAGACAAUUAAUGCACCAUAUUAACGAAACAUAAUCUUUAUUUAUUUGUUAACAAUAUUAAAUGUACAAUUAUUAUAAGCUCUAGUAGUUUGCUCAUUCUUUUCUACCAAAGCAUGAUUUUGUGUAAUAUUGACCUGUAGCACUUGUGAACUCGAAGAUUCAGCUUCGUUUGUUGUUCUGAGAUUUUCGAUUAAUUUCUGGUGGUGACUGGAAUUCAGCUGCAGAUAUCGUUUUAGAGAGUUCUUGCAUUUGAGUGAGCCGUUAAUUUAAUUAACUCCUGCUCAGCAACACCGCGCUUGAACAAGGCUGACACAGCUGAAGAUCGAUGAGAAUGGUUUAUUUUGAUUUUUUUUGUGUUUAUUCAAAUUUUUCCAGUUGACAUUUUUGUCCACUUAGAUACGGUGUUGAUUCCAAGUGGGCAGUUUUUGAACCAAGAUCCAUGCUUCCAGUUGGGGUGAACGGUAAGAAAGAGUCUGUGAAAAAAAUCUUUAGUCCCCUUUUUUAAUUACUUUCAAAAAUAAUCUAAGUGGACAUAAAUUUUCGUUUGAUGAAUUUCUUACCAGCCAUUUACUGCUUGCCAACUUUCCGAACCGCCUUGAUUUGUUUUGAAAAAAAUGCUGUUGUAUUCAAUGUGGCCCGUAAAUUCUCCCAUAACAUCAAAUUUCUUCUGGAAACAGUGAAUCUUGCAGUUUAUGGCCUCAUUGCAUCUCCAAGUAAGUUCAAAUGAGCAAAGAUAAAAAACUUUUUUGUGUUCCAUCGGAGGUUUCCUCGUCUUAGCUUUAGAUGUUUUUUAAUAGUUCUUCGGUGGAUAAUGCUUUUGAAUUGAGUUUUAUUUUUUCUUGAACAUUUUGAAGCUGCCCCCGCUUGGUAUCUCUUGCCAAUCUUGAACAUUUGAAAGAUAUAUCUGUGAAAGGGUUGAUUUUUUUCCCGUACUUCGUAAAAUAUUUUUCUUGUACCAUUUUUGCUGUAGUAUUCCACAUUGACUACUCUUUAUAGUCUUCGCCAUUUCCUUUCUUCAUGUUACAGGCACAAUCCUCGAGAAUUUUUGCUAGUUCCGUUAUGGUAGUUAAUCUUUCAAGAGUAAAAUUUCUAAAACCGUAGGAACUCCGAAAAUUGGGCCCAAGUAGAGCUUCUGGACCUCUACGUGUUCAACGGGACAUUUUCCGAAACCAAUUUUUUAUUUCUUCACCUGUCUGGCAUCAAAAUAUUGAUUUUUCGUCUAGAUUCAUUAUAUCUGUCCAAAAUUGAUUACGCCUCAAUGACGUUUGUCAAACUGACAACAAUAGAAUUACCAGACACCUUCGUGACGGAUCUGUCAUAAUUUUAUCGCUGAGAAAUCACGGACAGGAAGGAGUUUUGUCAGUAAGAAACGUGGCGUUGCUAUGACGUUUUAUCAAUUAAAAAUAGUCUAGUGAAAUAGUCAUUAUUAACGCGUUGGCUGUCAUAAGACAAAUGAUUUAUCUCAUGUUAUUUUCGAUAACAGCCGCCUGAGACACCUUAGUUCUCUCUAAUAAUUGUUUCAGAUUUAUCAUUUUGACCAUCGAUUGUAAGUAUAUCUGAUAUGAUGAUGAGCGUAAGGAUGAUGAGCAUAAUGAAAACUUGAUGUUAAAAGAGAUAAUCGUGACUCAAAUAUACAGAGCAUAUUCCUUGCAAAAUUAUUUAUUACGAGACCAUAAUCAAGUGUUAUAUUGCUAAGCAGAUCGCUAAUCAGUACAGAGUGAUCAAUUCAAAUAGCACAGACCUGUAAGUAAUACAUUCGCAACCGUACACUAUUUUUUAAAACUGUUGUGUUAAUCCUUUUAUAUUAACUCAGAAUGUAAUUAGUAUCAUACAGGUUUUAAAUAAUAAUUUUAGUUUUAACAAAUACCGAAAUGUAAGUUACUCUCUAAAAAAAAAGUUGCUGAUCUCAAUGUAAUACUAGUAUUGUUUCACAUUAGUAAUUUAAAGAUGCGUACAGAUACUAAACUAAACUAUUACAAGCAUUUCUAGAGUGUUGAAUUUUCACAAAUUUUAUUUCUCUACUGCGAAAGAUCUUAUAAAAGUACUUGAUUAAUUGAUGUGUGUACCUCGUUAAAAUAAAUGUAAAUAAUUAGCGUUUAUGUUAAAAAAUGACAUUUUACUUUUGAUGUAUUUGACGUGUGCAAAGUUUGUGAUGUCCCCAAAAUCCAAGCCCGUAUAUAAUUUCGAUCAUCGAAAACAUUUUCAGAUGUAAAUGUCCGAUAUACACAAAAAACAUUUCUUCUAAAGUAUUGUAUAUAUUUUUUUAGAAAUUCAGAAUGAGCACUGUUGGAUGUAUUAUGUAUUUAUAGAAAUGAUUAGUAAUUUUUGCAUAUAAGUUGGUUUUUUUAUACAUAGAUUAUGUAUUAAGUUUUAACUAAAUUCGAAAUAAAUAUUUCUAAAAGAUGAUAA